GGAUCUUCCGCCCCGGGGUCCUGGCCGCCCGCCCCGCCUCCUCGGCCCGAGCCCGACCCGCGAGCCCGGAGCGCGGGCUCGGCCCCGCUGGCCCCGCGGCUGGCGGUGCGAUGACCUUGGGCAGGCCGUGCCCGCUGGGCUCCGGGUUCCACGUGCCCCGGGGGGCGGGGAGGGCACCCCACAUCCUGAGCUGGGGCGCUCUGGGCGGGUUGGAGUCACGGGAGGCCCCUAACAGCCCCCCCUUUGGCCCCGCGCCCCCAGGCUUUGCCAUGAGCUCUGGAGAGAGGAAGCUGGAAGCAGCGGGGCCCAGAGGGAGGAGGGCUCGCAGGCCCCGGGAACAGGACCGAGACGUGCAGCUGUCCAAGGCGCUGUCCUAUGCCCUGCGCCACGGGGCCCUGGCGCUGGGGCUGCCCCUGGGGGCCGGCGGCUUCGUGCCCCUGCGCGCCCUCCUGCAGCUGCCCCAGUUCCUCGGCUUCUCGGCGGAGGACGUGCAGCGCGUGGUGGACACCAACGCGAAGCAGCGGUUCGCCCUGCAGCCGGGCGACCCCGGCACCGGCCCCCUCAUCCGGGCCAACCAGGGCCACUCCCUGCAGGUUCCUGAUCUGGAGCUGAUGCCCCUGGAGACCCCGCAGGAUCUGCCCCCGACGCUGGUCCAUGGCACGUUCUGGCAGCACUGGCCCUCCAUCCGGCUCAAGGGCCUGUCCUGCCGCGGAAGGACUCACAUCCACUUGGCCACAGGGCUGCCUGGGGACCCUGGGGUCAUCAGUGGCAUGCGGCCCAACUGCCACGUGGCCGUGUUCGUCAACGGGCCCCUGGCCCUGGCCGAUGGAAUCCCCUUCUUCCGCUCUGCCAACGGGGUGAUCCUGACUCCGGGGAACGCCGAUGGCUUCCUGCUCCCCAAGUACUUCACGGAGGCCCUGCAGCUGCGGCCCACCAGAAAAGCCCUCUCCUUGGCUGGCGAUGAAGAGACAGCGUGUCAGAGUGGCCCCCAGCACAGCUCCAGAGGAGGGAGGAUGAUCCAACCAUAAAAUAUUUAUUAAAAAGGAAAUG